UCCCCACAGAGAAGCUUACUUACAAUAAAACUGUGGAUGAUGCUGUUAGCAUUAAGCCCAAGAAUCUGUCUGAGACUGAAGAGUGGAUCUUUUCACCCAGUGAGCCAAAAACAGAGUUUGUUCGCCUGCGGGAUUCUAAAGUGUCAAGAACCUGCAGCUUUCUGGAGCUGAAGCCGUUAAGGUGGGCGUUGUCUCCCUCACGGGUGGAGGAAUGCCAAGAAAACUUCUGCCGUGACCCUGAGGACGCCGUAGACCAGCCAGAAAUCCUCACUUCCUGCGCCCUCACGGAUAGCAUGCACAACCUCCCGGCUCAUCUCCAACAUGCUGACCUCUUAGCAGAUGAUCGAGAACCCUACCAGGCCUGUUCCUUAAGUGCCCUUAAAAGCUCCAUCGUGGAUAUGGACCUCAGCCUCAUCCAUCUCUCCCAGCGAUCCCGUCAGCUCCAGAAUCCUAUUGGCUCCCAAUCCACCCAGCAGCUCAGUCUCUCUCAUCAGUCCAGACACCGGUCCUCCAGUGAGUUCAGAAUCACCAGCACAAAAGAAGCAGUGUGUUUCCGGACCACCUCAGACCGGGUGGGUCACUGUAAGCUGGGCAGUUGGCGGAAACAGGCGUUGGAAACUCGACGGGCUUCAACCGGGCUGCUUCCUGCUUUAGAGCAGGUUUCUCCUGUCACACGAGCUUCCUCUACAGAAAAACGGACAUCCCCUGUCCCACGACGUCUCCAAUGUCAUGGGCUUGGAAGCUUCUUAGAUCCUCCAUCCAGUCCAAGAGUGGAAAAACGAGAGGUCAAACAGGCAGUGAAAGAUGAAUUAACAGGCCGGAGAGGAUCUCUUAAAGGGACCAUUAAUCAGAUUGAUCAUGGACCAACUUCACAUCAAGGCCGUCGAGGAAAAAUGAGGAAACAAAUCAAACGAGCUUAAAAGAAAAAAAAAACAAAAUGCUGUUUGCAUAUGUAGGGGACAGAGUGAGUGUUGUAACAUGGUGAGUUGUAAUCAUCAGUUUAACAUAUUGCACAUUAAUUAAAGGGGUGAAAUCAUUGUCAUACGUAAAUAUUUAGUUGAUCAAAAUAUCACAAUAAAGUCAUGUACAAAACUUAAACUGAUGGAAAAAAAUGUAUGCUUGCAUAAUAGACAACCACAUCU